AGAAAAACAAAACAAACCCGAGAGAGAGAGAGAGAGAAAGAGAGAGAGAGAGAGCUGUAAAACCGUGUGGACUCCAUUGGAAAGGGAAACAUUUUUUAAUCAUCAGUCUAAGUCAAACACCGAAGUCUCGCAACGAGCGUGACGUAUGCAUGGGAGUCUUAAAAACCUGAGGCACACAGAGAAACACACCAGACCACAACAGACCGGACGCUUUCUCCGCUUCCUUCCCAGCCUCCCAGGCUGCUCUCCCCCAGCCCUCUGUGAUCGUCUCCUCCGGCAAAGUUUUUAUCGCGCCGACCGACUCAGACCAGUGGGACUGGACAGGAGACCCAGAGGUUCCCACCGCUGGAGCUCUAAGCUGCGCCUGGCAAUGCCUCAGCCCAGCGUCAGUGGGAUGGAGCCUCCCUUUGGGGACGCCUUUCAGAACUACUCAUUUGCUGACCAAGCCCUAACCAGCACUGAGCUGCUGGCCACCAACUCUGACCCAGAUUUCAUGUACGAGUUGGACACAGAGAUGAGCCACCAACAGAGUCCCUGCGGGGACAGCGUUGUGGGCGUUGGAGACGGAGGCAAAGAGGUGGAGGGAGGCGUGGAUCAGCUCAUCGGCCUCGGCGAGAGCGAGACGGUGUACAGCAGCUCAGCGUUCGAACAGUGGGACUCGUACUGGGAAGACCUCACCAGAUACACACGGCUGGCCAGCUGUGACAUCUGGGGAACCAAGGAGGUGGACUUCCUGGGACUGGAUGACUUCUCCAGUCCCUACCAGGACGAGGAGGUGAUCGGGCGAACCCCGACGCUGGCUCAGCUCAACAGCGAGGAUUCCCUGCCCGUCUGUGAGGCGCUCUACCCUCCCGCCGACCUAACGCUUCCCAGCGCCCAGCCUCCCUCCCAGCCGCUCGCCGCCUCUCAAAACAAGAGACUCCAAGGACCGGGCGGCGGCUUGGUGCGACCGUCUCCGGGCUCCGCCUCCUCUUCCCAAUCCCGUCCUUCCAGAAGCCUUUUCGCCGACUUUCCCGAAAGCUCCCAGAAGGCGACCAGGCCUGUUCCUUCCAGCACAGAGACUAUGGCUAAAACCCAGAACCAGCUCAGCCUCGCCCAGGACCACGGCCAGACCCAACCCAAGCCUCCGGGACGAGGGGCUAAGGUCGCCGGUCCGACCGCUCACGGCGCCGACUUCGUGCGGAAAGCUAAAGUACGCGUGAGCUCCGCCCCCAGAGCUCAGAGCGAGGCGAUGCCCCAGACGGAUUUCGAGACGCCGGAUCCGCCUCUACCUCUUUCCCAGCCUCAAGACGAGAAGCCCUCCACUUCAGCAAGUGCCCCUUCGGUGGGCCGUCCCGCCCCGGUAGCCAGCAGCUCAGCCAGCUCGGCGAGCUUUGAGAGGAAGGCCGAGGCGGCGGCACGCAGGGAGGUGCUGCCUGUGGUGCGGCCGGCCGCUCUUCCUCAGCUGGUGGAGGCCAACCAGACUCUGAGCGGGCCGCCCGACGCCGCGGCAGCCGGGGUCCUAGCCGCCGAAGACCCGGAGCAGAGCAAGGAGGAGGAGCACAACUACUCUCUGUUCCUGACCCGCAGCAGGUCUCACUCGCACCUGGAGGACGAGGACGAGGAGGAGGAGGAGGAGGAGGAAGACGAGGAGGCAGAGGAGGACGAGGCCGACGGGCUCGACUUGGACGACGAAGACCACGAUGAGGGUUUCGGCAGCGAGCACGAGCUUUCUGAGAACGAGGAGGAGGAGGAAGAGGAGGAGGACGACGACUACGAGGCGGACAAGGACGACGACAUGAGUGACGCCUUCUCCGAGCCAGGCUGUGACAUGGAGCUGAUGGACGACAUCAAAGGCCUGACAGCCGGCGUCUCCAGCCGUAAAAGAGGCAAGCGUCGUUACUUCUGGGAGUACAGCGAGCAGCUCACCCCCUCCAAGCAGGAGCGGCUGCUGAAGCCCUCUGAGUGGGACAGACACACGCUGCCGAGCAACCUGUACCAGAAGAACGGGCCUCUCCACGGAAAAUACAUGCUAAAGAAGUCCCGGCGCACCGAUGUGGAAGACCUGACUCCCAAUCCUCGCAAGCUGCUGCAGAUCGGCACGGAGCUUCGCAAGUUGAACAAGGUGAUCAGCGACCUCACCCCCGUCAGCGAGCUGCCGCUGACGGCACGGCCGCGCUCUCGCAAGGAGAAGAACAAGCUGGCGUCCAGGGCUUGCCGUUUAAAAAAGAAAGCUCAGUAUGAAGCCAACAAAGUGAAGCUCUGGGGACUCAGUACGGAGUACGAUCGGCUUCUGUUUGUGAUCAACGCCAUUAAGGAGGAGAUAAUGCUGCGAGUGGAGGACUCGUCUCCUCGCCCCACCAACAUGACGGAGACCCUGGAGCGGCUUAUCGAGGAGACGCUUGUGCCAUCACCUGUUGCUGGGCAGACUUCGGACUUUGUCAACAAGAUCCUGGAGAACACAGGACGCGGCGAUCCCACGGGAGGACUGGUCGGCCUGCGAGUCCCCACCUCAAAAAUGUAGACCGAGAAGAGUGGACUACAUAUAUUACCACCGUGCUGUCCGUUGUAACUAUUCUCCCCUCUGCAUGCCCCUACAGCUCAGAGUAAACACCCAUCGCCAAUCACUCAAACACACAUACCACCUCCCCGUGCGUAGGUACGUGUGCUCGUUUUUGCCGUGCAGCUGUAUGGCACGAACCCUGGCUUUUUCCCAUCUCUGCACGCCGCGUGCUUUGUCAGUACAUCACCGUCUCCCCAACCCAUGGUGACCGGCUGUCGGGAGAAGCACGUCCAAAAGCAAGUGGCGGUGAGGUGUAUCUGGGACGGCGCGUUCUUAAAUCCACUGGUGAUUGUUAGAGGUGCUUAACGUGGCCUUUUUGCAGGCUUUAAGGGGACUGAGACUUGCGCUCAUAUGAGCAUAACCACUGGAAGACUUUGUUUGAGGUGGUGAUAAAGACAGAGGGAAUGUUGUUACAUGCCAGAAACAAUCACAGAUUGAAGAAGCAUAAGUUAUCAUUUAUAUAAGGAGCUUUAUCCCAAAAAGCAAAAAGAAAAGAAAAGAAAAAAAAAAGUUCAAUUGACCCUUUCACUGAAGCACUUUUACAAAAAUGGCUCUGAUAGCCAAGAAAGUUGCAGCGGCGAGGAAAAAAAAAAAAAAAAAAAAAGAAGCAGGGUUGGCAGGAACUAUUUGGUACUGAAGGCCUAAAUAAAUUCCUGCCAUCCCCUGUUUGCCAAUCAGCUCAGCUGCUUGUAAAAACAGGUUUAACAUAUUAACGCAGGACGUAGGAAAGAUUCGAACGAUCACACAAUCCUGCCGGUUGGAGGGGGAGAGGCUUUCGACAUGCUACCCUGAACAACAGGAAGUGGUUUACCACGUGAGGCGGAAGUGCAUGUAGCAUGGUGCUUUUUCUUUGGGGCUUUUCCUGCUGGUUAUAACUGGACUGCAAAAAGGAUGAUGAGGAUGGUGACACAGAUGACGUGAGCGGCGGACCCAUCUCCUCCAGGAAACUGUAUAUAGAAGUGUCUCCCAGGCAUCGGCUCUUCCCCUUUUUCUUGUACAGUAGAGUUGACCAGGCAGCGUGGUGGUGACAGUUUGAUGUGUUCAUGCUAGUGUUUGAUCAGAGUUCUAUUCAUUGUGCCUUGUAUAUGUAUGUGUGUGUGUGUGUGUCUCUGUAAGUCUGACUGAGUGCGUGCGUUUCGAGACGGACUGGAGCUCCCCCAUAGGUCCGGCUUAGGAGAGGAGGUUCGUUAGGGAAGGAGAGGAUGGACACAAGUUGUUCAAGAUGUUCUGAAUGUACAUAAACAAAUGGAAGCUCUUGUUGCGUGAUGCCACAGAGUCUGUGUAUAUAGGAGGGCUCUGCAAUAGAUUCCUUUCGGUUUUUGGUACUCUUGUCUUUAGGGGAUCUGGGGACGAGGCGGGGAGGGUUGACAGAGGGUUUUUUUUUUUUUGUUUUUUUUUCCUUUAGGGUUACAACAAAUAUUUGCACACUAUAUUUUGAUUGUUUUUUGUACCAAAGACACAUGCAACGAAAAUGGCGACCAGCCAGUUAAAGUAAGGUUUUGCACAGCUUACCUGACGCCGUAUUGAAUGUAAGAAACGUGGGAGGGUCAGGGAACUUCAUAGAACUGUGAAAUUAGUUUGGGUCCAAUUCUGUACAGAAAAGGAACAUUCAUUUGUGUCUCUUUGCGACUUUUGGGAAUUUUUUUUCCCCCUCCGUAGUUUUUCUUCUGUUGCUUAGGAAGCGCUUCAUUCCUGAACUGAUUCCUCCCUGCACAUGCUAAGUGUGUUAAUGGCGCUAGCUAGGAAACAAAACAAAACAAACAACAAAAAAAAAAAAAACCCAGGCGCUCACUAGUAGAUAAGCUAAGUAUCUUUUUUUUUUUUUUUUUUUUUUUUUGCUCGUCAAUAUGUUCCCUGAAAUAACCAAAAUAUUCCUGUCACUUGUUUGAUUUCUGUAUGUAGACAAGGUCUAGUUCACGAGCAGAAUAUUAUCUGAGUUGUGUUUUUAAAGUACUGUAUAUAAAAGCGUCAAUGCUACAUCUAUUAGUUGUAAAACGCCACUUUUCAUGACAAUGAUUUAUGUUUAAGCACGUCACGUUUCUUAAGUCUGUUCUUGCAUUUAAAAAGCUAGAGGAAAAAAAAGAAACCACAAACACAAAAAAAAAAAAAAUAACUAUAUUUUUCUAUUUAAGCUGCUUGAUAGUUUAGCGUUUUGGUUUCGAGAUAUUCGUGAAUCAGAGGAAGAAGAAACGAACUGAUCCGGUAAUUGUUGCAGAAAUCUGCUGAUCUUCUUCGCCAAGUGUGUGUAAGACGAAGAACCAGGACUGGAUCAUUUCAAACACGAUACGGCAACGCGUCACUGUCAUUAGAACGGUCUGUAGGGAGAUGGAGGACAGAAUGUUUCUUAAGGAUUACUGGGGAGGCUCAAAAUCAACCAGGGACAUUAGAGCCUGCUUCACACUGACCUGGAAUCAGCUGCACAGAUUAGUGACUUGUGGCUGGUUUUCAUCCAAGCUUCUACAUGGUGAUACUGAUUUCUAUCGAAUUACUACAAUUAACAGCUUUUAGUUUUUGUUUUUAUUGCCUUAUGAUAGUAACAGGCAACUUGAUGCUUAGUGUGAGAGUCAAUAAAAACAAACAGGCCUGUACUAUUUUAAAACAAAGACAAAAUGAUAGCGAUGUUGACAUUUUCAACUUCAAUAGCAUCUUAUAACAGCAGUGGCCACAGUUGGGAUCACAGACUUUUCUAACUACAAUAUGUCGACCCUUACCGUAGCUCUGAUGUUCUCCUAAAGUCUGCUAACAUUUCCAAAUCCAGCGUGUUUCAUGUCAGAGAGCUUGAAAGCUCAACAGGGUCAUACAGAGCAACUUGCAGUACUCCAUAGAGCCUUCCUCUUCUCUAAUUGGUGUGCUUCAUGCUAAUUUGCCACUUCAACAAACGGUUACCAAUAAAACGCCCCAAAAUAUUAAAUCGUAACGGGUAACCGUCUGUUGUAGCUGCCUGAGUGACCAGCCGACAAGCCUCUGAAGAAAAUAAUCUUCCUCAGACUUUUUUCCCCGCUGGCCAAUCCGUGGCUAGGAUCCGUGUAAUUCUGGUCUCCAGCGUAUUUCUCUGUGCAUCUUUCCUUUUUGCUCUGAAUUUACCAUUAAAGUAUGCAAAGUUUGCAUUUCCUGGGAUUGUUGCCUUUAGAGGUGCAUAGCAGAGCUUAACCUGUAUGCAUCUCCUUGCCUUCAGUCUUGCAGCCGUGCUGCAUCAAGAUUUGUACAUAUUAUAUUUCUCACGCCAUGCCAUGGGACACUUGUAUUUACAUCCUGUAAAUGUAUCAAAACAUUAUGUUCACCUUUGGCGCCGAAGGACUCAGAAAUCAACCAGAAUCUGAUGUCUAGCAUGCAAAAAUGAAUUCACAGAGGAGUUUUUGGAUUCCAGGGCAGUUUGAAGUUUUGAAGUUCUCAUUUACAGAGCGAUUUCUAGCGACUGUGAGCGUACCUCUGUUUGUGUUUUGUGAUUAAGAAAUGGCUAUUGCUCUAAAUAUAAUUUCCUUUUCCGUCUAAAAAGGGAGAAAUGGUGCUUUUUCCCCACCCCCUGAAACUAGAAUGGCAAGUUUUCAAGAAUCGUUUUGACUUCUUUGACUAGCUGUAGCCUAAUUACUCGCUCUCCCCUUUCUGUCCACAGUUAUUUUCUUAGUAGUUAUAUAUAUUUUGUAAAUAAACUGAGUUAAUAUGUAUCUUCUAAUUGUUAGUUAAAUGUAUAGAUUAUCUUGUAUGUUUAAAAAGACAACAGCACUUUGUCCAAAAAAAGAGAAAAAAACAAACAAAAAGAAAGAAAAAAAUCUUUUUUUUUUUCUUCCAUUUGCUGCUAAACGGCCUCGUGUGAAUGCUGCAAGUGUACUUGAUGACUACUUGCUCGGAUAAGUCUAUUACCUGACACGGCUAGGACUAUGAACUAGCGGGUAAAUAUGCGUGUGGGCCUGCCGAGGGCGAGAUCUACAAAUUUUCUUGAGCCAUGAAAUGAUAUGGGAAUGUUCUGAGAGCGAGAGAGAAAGAGAGCAUAUCAUUGCUUGGCUUCCAGGAAGUGCAGUGUCUUGACAGAAUUGGUCUGUUUCUUGGUCAGGGUGGGACGGUGAGUGUUUGUGGUCUUAAAUGAAACAACAACAAAAAAAAAAAAAGAGGGUUUUGAUUCAAGGGCCCCUACGUUUGAUUCUGAUGCUGACCCCCCUUGGCGUCAUGAUUCAUUUGCCUUCAGUAGAGGUUUCCUAUGGAAAAACUGAUUCUGCUUUGGCUUCCUCUUCAGGGCGAUGUACAGUGUAGACACAUUUCUUCAGAGAGCUAUAUUGUUAUCAUUUUUAAACUGAUUUCUACUUGUGACUUAAAGAGGAGGGGGUUUAGCCUGGGACGGCCGGGAAGAGCUCGCUCCGUAGCUGCUUUUCCAGGCCGCCUUAGGGGAAGUUACUAUAUCACUGUACUGUAUGGCAAGCCAAUUACAAGUGGAGACUCAAUCCGGACACUUAUUGCCUUCUGAAAUAACUUCACACACACACACAAACAAAAAUAACAACAUGGCAGACGUGUUUGUAGCUAAAGGGACAUACCCGGGGUUUCUAACAUUGUUCUGCCAGUCUGGUAAAAAAAACAACAACAACAAAACCAUUCAGCCUGAUUAGCUCAAAACAACCUUGACUGGAGUAGCAGACGUGGUGAUCUGUAUCUGAAAAAGGACUUCAAAAGUCUGAACCUCUUGACACGCGUGUCUUUUGUGACGGUGUUUGAAGCCUCUUUUUUUUUCAGCUAUGGUUUGAUACCAGGUCUUUCAGGGGGUCAACAGUGGUUAAAGGGCCGCUGGUUGACGGCCGGCUGACGUUAGAGGUGCAUGUGUUUUUUGCUGUCGAUCACGAGGCUGUGUUUUUAAGAAAGAGUCCUCACAGGUUUUUACAUUUGACGUGAUAGGCGCAAGCUGUGCAACUUUACAUUCAAACCAAGAGACUCUGUGGCAUUUUAACAGUCAAGGAAAUGAGUGAGAAUCCACGCCAGUAAAACUAUUCCUUAUUCUUUUUAUUUCUAAAAAAAAAAAAAAGAAAAAAAGAAAAAGAAAAAUCCUAUACAGUCAACUAUUAAGCUAAUAGAGUGUGUAACUUUGUGCUACUCUUGUUCAAUAAAAGCUACGUGGAUACCAUAAAGCUCUUCUUCAGCAAAUCAGGGUAAUAUUGUUCUUCUAUCUGACAUAUGUGAUGACAUAUAAAAUCGAAAGAAAAAUAUAUUUAUGUAUUCCAGUUAUUGUCGCCAUUCUUUACUCUGUACAAAAAAAAAAUAUAUUGUCUGUCUGUGUGUUCUGAAUUAUCAAUGUCAAUCACUAUGGUGCAAUGCUCUGUACACAAAGUCAAGACAAAGGCCAACAGACUUUGACACAAAAAUUAAAACUACAAAAAAAAAAAAAAAAAAAAAAAAUUGAAUCCACAACAUGUUCCCUUCAUGAAGGAUUUGACUGUGAUGUCCAGCUGAGAUCCAACUGGGGUUUGUCACAUGGUGCUGAUAAUGUUUGGUCGUCCAAGAAGUGCUGCCCUCCCUCCCUUCCUCCCUCCCUCCUAUCGUUUUCAUUAGUUUUAAGUUUCCCUAAAUGGUGGGAUUUUUGCUGUCGGACCAGUUAGAAGAAAGCUCACAUGGGUUUUUGCGCUGAUGAACAAGAGUUUGAGGUUUCUGUUAUUGACCCUGUUUGAUAACUGUUGUUAAGCAUAGCGUGACUUUUGUAAAAGCCAGUCUCUUGGGUGUGACAAAACUAGCCGGAGUUGGACUUAAAACCAAUUUAAGAUUUGUUUUGACGUAUAUCGUUUGAAUGGCAUGCACAGUUUGAUGUUAUAAGUUGAUUUCAAAGAAGUUUCCAUAAUUUUUUUUUUAUUGUACAGUUAAAAUGCUUAAUUCCAGUGCAACUCAGCAUUCCAGCAAUUUUGAAUUUAUGAAGGCAAAUCAUUUAUGAAAAUCCUUUUGAGGUUAAGGUUUUAAGAAUAUGCUAACUAUAGUUGGUGAUUAUUUGGACUUGGUGAUUAUAGUAAAUAUUGUAUAACUUAUGCAGUUUCUUUAAGUUUUACCAAGAGGUAGGUUAGCAGGUUUGGGUUCAAUGUUGAAGAUGUUUUGGCACCAAGAAAUAACAACAAAUCCCUUAAUUGUAAACAUAAAGAUUUGAUGUAAAGAUGAUUAUUAAUAUCUAAAUUUGCUUGAAUUUUUGUGGCUGAUUGGUUAAUCAAGUCUGACUUUUUAAAUCUUGGUUGAAUUUAGAUAUGACCAGUGGACUAAAUAAAUUCAUUUUUACUAUAGGCCAGAUAAAUACAGGGACUGCGAGACUAGAAAUAACCCUUAGAAAUAUGUCAGUUCAAAUCCUGUGUUUGGAGGGAUGCUUAAAAGUGUACUGUUUGUUUCCCUCCCUCGCUGGUUUUAUAGAUGCUUAAGGGAUAGCAUGAGUUGUAGCUGAGUUGAGGAAAAAGUGGGUAAAAAUUAUUAAAGGCCUUGGCACCAAACAAUAUAGAAGUAUUAAUGUCAUAUUUAGCUCCUCAAAUGAAGGACAUUCCCCCUCCCCCCCACCCCACCCCACAAAUAUAAAAACGUAAAAAUGGAAUCACAGAAUUUUGUAUUUAAAAAAAAAUAAUAAUAAUAAUAUGAAUAAGCUGCUAAGCCAUGGUAAACUAGCGGCUUGGAAAAUGUACUUUUAUUUUGAUCAUAAACCGCACCAUUGGUAUUUCUUUUAACAGCUGAGAACAUGCUAGCUUGCAAACACAGAUGUUAAAUUCAUGCUAGCUUAAAAUACGGCAACAAACAUCAUCCAUUUAAAACUAAUUUUAGAAAAGUACUGCGGUUUAAUUUAAUAAUACUGUUUUUACAGUUUAUGGUAUUGACAAAAAAGCUAAAAUAUUGGAUUUCUUAAAAGGUAAAAUUGAGUAACGGUAACAUUUAAACAACCUGCCAAGCUGUGCGAACCUAGCCAGCCUACAAAAUUCAGAUAUCUUUCAUGCAGCUGUAACAAAGUUAAUAACAUUUUCUGUUAUACUAAUAUGCAUAUUCUUAGUAUUUAUUAAUUUUAUCUGUUAGCAGACAUUUAGCAUUAUUAGCACUUCUUCAAAUAGCUAACAACUAGUUAGCCUACUACUGAUUCUGCAGUUAGCUUCAAGGAAAACAACUAAUUAUUUUUUAUUAAUGUUGACAUUUUUUAAAUCAUUGUUUUAGUUGCAACAUUGAUAUUGUCUUUAUAGCUUAUUGUAGUGAUAAUGUUACUGGAAAUGUUAAUACUUUUAAUUUCAUAAUUCGGAAAUUUCAAUUGUAAAGUCAACAGUGACAUUUGAAUAUUCAGCCCAAGAACAGGGAAACAGCUCAACAUUAGAAUUUAACCAAGCUCUUAUUUAGCCCUUUUAAAGUUAAAAGUCACUUAAAUGUUCUCGUUUAUGAGCAGUUGUGUGUAUCUUAAUCAGAUAAAUUGCAGCAUUAGCAAACUUACUGCUAGCAAUGUGCUGGCUUGCUAACUCUGGUGUUAGCUUCAAGCUUAUAGGAAGGAAACAAAGGCUUGUUAUUAAGGCUAAUAUCUGAAAAACUUCAGUGAUUGAUUCCUAUAUUAAAAAAUAGUCCAUCUGUCCAUCAAUAGUGUUUGUUUCCUGGAAACUUCUUUGUGAAGCAUGUGUCAAUAAAAUAAGUGUUAUCCAAAUGUUUUAUAUAAUGGGGCUUAUGAAACCCCUCUGUUGGCUGUAUUGUCAUGACCCAAAAGUCUGGCUUCUAGUUUUGUUUGUAUCAUUUCAACUAUAUUGUGUUUUGUUUAAACCUAUAGGUCUGUUCUUUGUAAAAAUCACCUCAUAUUUAGAGGUUAUGUCCCUUUAUUCCUCCUAAAAUGAGAAGCAGCUAUGCUUGUUGGUCUGCAGGAUAAUUUCCUGCAUAACGCUGAGAGAAUUAGACAAAUUUUAAUUCCCUCGUAGACUGGGGAAAUGACUUGGACAUCAGAAUUGGAUUUCAUUGUCACAAAGUUGUUGCAUGGCUUUUUGGGGCUCUCUGUACUCUCAGUGAUAUGAUUUUGUACUUGCUGCUAUUGAAUGAGCACAAAGAGGCUUGAGGAUGUUUAUGACAGAUUUCCAGUAUAUCUACCCUACGUACCCUCCUUGUUUUCUAUCUCUUUCUCAUAUUUUUCCCUGUGACAGUCAAAAGACCAAAAGCAUUACUCACCUUGCAAUUGGUUUUGUACACUUACAGAGGAAAGACAAUACUUUGAAUUAUGAUGCCUGCUAAACCAGGUGCCUUAGUCAAAUAUACAACAACACAAAUCUGCACCUUCUGUCAGUCUGGAGGGGAUUUCCCCACAGAAACAAUGGACUGGGUUUUCCAAAACUUAAACUUGAAAUACAAAAUGUAUAAAAUGAAAACCUUGCUCUAUCUAACACAUUUUACCGAAUAAUCAACCGUUUACAGCAGAAAAGAAGCUGGUUCUCAUGCCUGGAUAUUGCGCAACUUUCCGACGGUAUUUCCCUUUAGUAUUAUAGUGGAAGAGCAUACAGCUAACCCGAUGGUGUUUUGGGAAACCCGGUUCUAUUUUUUUUGAAAACUUUUUCUCUGCCCACUACGCCACAUUGUCAUAUGUUCUAUAUUGGCUGCUGCUGUUGCUGCUGCUGCUGGCACAGCUGGUGUAUUUGUGUAGAGAAGAGAUAACUUCCACUGUGUCGGUGACAGAGGGAGACUCGGGGGGGGGGCCUGCUUUUUACCUGGUCAAUAUCAAUGCAUUCUUCUUCUGAGGUUUUGACAUGGUGCACUGUGUUGCUGCCUCUUGAGACCUUUAUGUGACUAAAAAAAAAAAAAAAGAAUAAAACGAUAAAAAAAAA